AGAGAGAGAGAAUGGGGGAGAAAGAGACUAAGUUGCGUGGUGUUGGUAGAAUGAAAGAGGAGUCUGGUGGCAGGAGUGUAGAGGAGGCAGCAUAUGGCUGUAGAAAGAGCACAGCUGGAGGUAGCAUCUCCAUCUGAGGAUGAUGUCAGAGCAGCUGACAGGCUGCCAUCCACCCCACCUCCUCCUCCUCCUCCAUCCCUCCACCGCCUCCACCCCUCCCCAGUCCUUUAUUGUGAGUCUCAGCGGCAGCCUGGGAGAGUUAGUGCUCUGUGUGUGUGUGUGUGUGUGUGUGUGUGUGUUUGUGGCUGCCGAUCAGUUAGGAGGAGGAGGGAGGUGGUAUCUCGUUCCCCCUCCAACAUCUCCUCCACUUUGCAUCUGUCCCUCGCAGUUUGAACAGCGUGGUUUUUUUUUUUUUGCCAGCCUCCCUCUUCUUCUUCUUCUUCUCUUCUACCCACUCAUUGAUUCAGAGAGUGCGAGCGAGGAAGAGAAAGAGCAAGGAAGAAAGAGAGAGAGAGAAACACAGCCAUUCCCAGCCAGCCAGCCAGAGAGCCCAGCUAUUCUGCUACAGUGGAGUUAAUCAAGUUGAUGCAUUCUGCUGCAGGUUAUGAGGACGGCAGGAUGGAGUUCCCAGACCACAGCAGACAUUUACUCCAGUGUCUGAGCGAGCAGCGGCACCAGGGCUUCCUGUGCGACUCCACGGUGCUGGUGGGCGAUGUCCAGUUCCGAGCGCACCGUGCUGUGUUGGCCUCCUGCAGCAUGUACUUUCACCUCUUCUACAAGGACCAGCUGGACAAGAGAGAUGUGGUGCAUCUCAACAGCGACAUUGUCACAGCCCCGGCCUUUUCCCUGCUCCUGGAGUUCAUGUACGAGGGCAAGCUGCAGUUCCAGGACCUUCCCGCGGAGGAUGUGCUGGCAGCAGCCAGCUACUUACACAUGUAUGACAUUGUGAAGGUGUGUAAGAAGCGUUUGAAGCAGAAGGCCACGACGGAGGCGGACAGCACGCGCAGAGAGGAGGACGGUGGGUCCAGCUGCUCUGAUAAGGCAGACAGUCUAUCAGACGGUUCUACCGGCCGGCCUGCGACUGCCGACCUGCUGCACAGUGAUGAGGAGGAGGAUGCGAAGGCAGAGAGUGCACCGCUGUGGCUGAGGCUGCCGUCAGCGGACAGACCAGCGACACCGGCCUUGGCUACAACCAGCCCCGGUCACAGUGAGGCUGUGACACAGGCUGCGGAAAGUCUUCGGGAGAGAGGGAAGCUGCUCUCUCCGGCCGGAAGCCCCUCCAGCUCCACUGGAUCCCUCUCCCAGAGGUCCCACCGCUCCGUGAGCUCUCGUGGAGCGCACAGGGGCAGGAGGGUCUCAAAUGAUGUGGCUGACUGUGUCCUGGACCUGUCAGUGAAGCCUGUCCCCAGUAGCAACCACAGUAACCACCACCAAUCCUAUUACAGCGGUGCAGCCACACCAGACCGCCUCCAAAGCCCAUUGGCUGUGAGGGUGAAGGUAGAGAGAGGCGUGGCUUCAGACGAGGAAGAGGAACUGGGAGGUGGGGACUAUGAAAUGGAGCACAGCGGCAUCAACAAGGCCACAGUUCCCAGUGCCAACGGGGGCCUGACCCACCACGGGGUCGGAGGGCCUCUGUCCGUCCAGCGGCGGCUCGGCCUGGAGGCUCACCUGUCCGCUCUGCGAGAGGCCUCCCUGGCCUCCGAGCUGGAGCGAGACGAGAAGCCAUCCACAGGAGAUGACGAGGACCUACUGGGAGGUGAACACGAGCGCGCCCAGGCCGAGGUGGCCAGCAUGGAUAGCGCCCUGCUGCCCUACGUCUCCAACAUGCUGUCAGCUCAACACACCCAGAUCUUCAUGUGCCCGCUGUGUAACAAGGUCUUCCCCUCCCCGCACAUCCUCCAGCUUCACCUCAGCUCCCACUUCAGGGAGCAGGAGGGCAUCCGCGCCAAGCCCGCCGGAGACGUCAACGUGCCCACCUGCACCAUCUGCAGCAAGACCUUCUCCUGCAUGUACACGCUGAAGCGCCACGAGCGGACACACUCUGGUGAGAAACCCUACACCUGCACCACCUGCGGCAAGAGCUUCCAGUACUCACACAACCUCAGCCGCCACGCAGUGGUGCACACGCGAGAGAAGCCGCAUGCUUGCAAGUGGUGCGAGCGGCGCUUCACGCAGUCCGGGGACCUCUACCGACACAUCCGCAAGUUCCAUUGUGAACUGGUCAACUCGUUGUCAGUAAAGAGUGAACCGCUGGCACUGCCCAAUGUCAGGGAUUGGGCGAUUGAGGACAGCUCCCAGGAACUGUGGAAGUAGAACAGACUGCUGGGUUGGAUAAAGGGAAAGAAAGAGCAGAGUGAGAAAGGCAGAGAGCCAUGGGGAGGUGAACAGAAGUUUGAUGUUCGGGUUUAAGUGAGUCAUGUUCUUGUGUGUCGCAAAAUCUCAUUCAAUUGCACUUUAAUAGCACAUGAAAAUGUUACUACUGAUUUUUUUUUUUUUUUUAUUCUAUUUUAUUCUGAACUCUUAUUUUUAUUUGGCGUAAGUUCUGUCUGGUGGUUUUCAUUGCGUCUAAGGACACGGGGUCCCAGUGAGAAUGUCUUGCCUUUAUUUUUUGGAGGAGUUUUCACUCUGUUUGUGUUUCAUCUCAGAAACAACACUCUGACGCUGGCCAGCGUAUCGGUCCCAGUCCCACAGACAGCAAACCACUGCAGGAGUUCAGGUCGAACACACUGAAGUGAAAAAGCAUUACAAUACACUAAACGGGUUCUGAGAUCGCCACAAGUCGAUACCACCGCACACACAGUUUGAAGAAAUGUGUGCGUGUGUGUGCGUCUUUGUGCCCAGUCCCGCACUACUCUGGCAAAAAAAUGUCACCUGAUGUGCGUGAACGUGUGUAUGAGUGAGUUUUGUGUGUAAUUAAUUUUAUUUUCUACUGGCAUGGAGGUGUCGUUGGCGAAGUGCUCCCCGCUUCUCUCGUUAAGCUCUUUGGUGUCGUGUGUUCAGGGGGAAGCUGACUGACUGACAGACUGAUGGCACUCAUGCAAUGCACAGCCUCCUUUUUUCACUUUUAAUCAAUUUGAAGUAUUUUCUAAAAAUGAGAAAGACCUUUAAAAUUAUUAUUAUUAUUAAUAUUAUUAUUGUUAUUAAUAGAUUUUGUUUCUUAAAUCUAGCUGGCAGUCUUUAAAACAUCUCUUGUUGGAAAAAGUAAUUUAAUUUAAGGUUGUUGUAUAUUGUUCUGCUAUAAUUUUAAAAACUUAAAUCCUUUACCAUUUUUUUUAAAUUAAUGAUUAUUAUUAUUAUUAUUUUGUUACUUUUUUUGUAAUGGGACCUGCUGUUGUUGCAUGACGUCCAAACCUGUAUACUUUAAAAAUAAAAUGUGAAUUUGCUGUA